UCACCCACAUGUCCUCCAGACCCAUCGCCUCUCAGCGGGGAGGAGGGGGUGCGUGGGGGAAGAGGUGUUUAUGUGCAGAAACAGCUUUGUAGUUACACUGACCUCCCCCUCCCCAGUCGCACUUGGCUUUUGCUCGUAGAAAAGAAAAUGCUUGGAAAGCAUAAAAACUGCUCAUGGGUGAAAUUAAGCAGAAGUUGCCUUUCGGUGCGGGGGAGCCGCAGCCAGUUAGUGGUGUACCCCGUGUGGCACCGAUGGGUGUUCCUCUGGAGGUGCAGAGCGGCGGGCGGGCUGUCAGAGGUGCUCCUGUGUCCCCUCUCCCCCCCCUUCUUCCCCGAGGCAAGCGCACGGUGGCUCCUGCUGGAGAACAACUUGCGGGAGCCCUGAAGUGCACGUGUUGGAGAGCGUGUAUGCGGCGGGAGGGAGGCGUGCGGAGCUGCUCGGGCCCGCCAGGGAGGGAAGGGAGAAAGGAGAGAGAGAGAGGGGGCAUCCCUGCUGCAGGUCCUGUUGGAGCCGAGCAGGCGGGGCAGCGGCUGGCAGGUGCACAGCGACCCCGCAGCGCCCAACCCCCGCCCGGGUCCGGGAGCUGAAGUGCGGGGCGCUGGCAGGAGCGGGCACGGGGCGUGGGGACACGCGGUGCUAACUUGGGCAAGGCACGGGGGUGGGGGGGGAAGGAGCGAUAUCUCUCCCCGGUGCAGGCGGGUUGGCGCUCGGUGGGUGCCGUAGGGCAGGACGUUGUUCUGCUAUGAAUUCGGCGUGGCCAUGCCGGAGUUUGUUGACGAGUGAACGGAAUGUAACAGACGGUGUUGAAACGCGAACGUAACGUGAAAGAACAAGCGCGGGGGAGCGGCGGCAAACAUCUGAAGUUGCUCGGUCGCCAGUCAAGGGUAGCUCGGCGGUUCCGCUCUUCCCUCGGGGCCUGGCGAGCGGGACGGGUCCGGGCUGCCGUGCGGCUGGGAACCGCGUUACGGCUGUGUAACGGGCUGUGCUCGGCCUCCCGCGGGAGAAGACUGCGGCUCCAGCGACUUAUUCCACUUGCUGAAAUAAGACAAAGCCUCCCCGCUGCCGCUGCCACCCUGCCGGUCCCUGGACUCGGCUGGUCGCCUGCUCGGAGGGCUGCCUGCUGUUUCCCCUGGAGAUCAUGAAACGACGCCGGGUUCCCAGCAGCAGUGAGGAUUCUGACGACAAUGGCAUGUCUCUUGAAGGUUUGUCUGGAAGCCUGAGUCUGCCUCUCUUUGCUCAUGCAAGCAAAGGUCUGUCCACAUGGUCCCAGCAUUCCAGAUCUCGACAUCGGAGGACUUCAUGUUCCAGACAUGAGGACAGAAAACCUUCUGAGGUGUUCAGAACGGACCUGAUCACUGCCAUGAAGUUACAUGACUCCUUCCAGCUGAACCCUGAUGAGUACUAUGUGCUGGCAGACCCCUGGAGGCAGGAGUGGGAAAAGGGAGUUCAGGUGCCUGUUAGCCCAGGGACCAUCCCAGAACCAGUAGCCAGGGUUGUGUCUGAGACGAAAGCUGUCACAUUUACCCGGCCCAGGAAGUACAUUGUAUCCUCAGGCUUGGAGCCCCCGGAGCUGGGCUAUGUGGACAUCCGCACCUUAGCAGACAGUGUGUGUCGCUACGACCUCAAUGAUGUGGAUGUGGCAUGGUUACAACUUGCCAAUGAGGAAUUCAAGGAAAUGGGAAUGCCUGAGCUGGAUGAGUACACGAUGGAAAGGGUCAUGGAGGAGUUUGAACACCGCUGCUACGAGAAUAUGAACCACGCCAUCGAGACGGAGGAGGGACUGGGGAUUGAAUAUGAUGAAGAUGUUGUCUGUGAUGUCUGUCAGUCUCCAGAUGGAGAAGAUGGCAAUGAGAUGGUGUUCUGUGAUAAAUGCAAUAUCUGUGUGCACCAGGCAUGUUAUGGGAUCCUGAAGGUGCCGGAAGGCAGCUGGCUGUGCAGGACCUGCGCGCUUGGCGUGCAGCCCAAGUGUUUGCUGUGUCCCAAGAAAGGUGGUGCCAUGAAACCAACCCGGAGUGGCACCAAGUGGGUCCACGUCAGCUGUGCUUUGUGGAUUCCAGAGGUGAGCAUUGGAAGCCCAGAAAAAAUGGAGCCCAUUACAAAGGUUUCUCACAUUCCCAGCAGUAGAUGGGCACUGGUGUGCAGCCUUUGUAACGAGAAAGUUGGAGCUUCCAUACAGUGUUCAGUGAAGAACUGCAGAACAGCCUUCCAUGUCACCUGUGCCUUUGACCGUGGCUUGGAGAUGAAAACCAUCCUGGCAGAGAACGAUGAGGUGAAAUUCAAGUCCUACUGCCCUAAGCACAGCUCCACCAAGAAAGCAGAUGAGGAGACUUUCACUGAGAGCCCAGGACGGGAGAAUGGGACUGGGAUUCAGGACAGCUCUCUCCCUGCCCACAUUGACCCGUUCCACAGCAUGGGUCAGAACCAGGAGGAGGCCCACAGGGUCAGCCUCCGCAAGCAGAAGCUGCAGCAGCUGGAGGAUGAGUUCUACACGUUUGUUGAGGCUGCAGAAGUGGCUCAAGCACUGAGACUUCCCGAGGAGCCAGUGGGAUUCCUGUACCAGUACUGGAAGCUGAAGAGAAAAGCCAACUUCAACAAGCCUUUGAUUACCCCAAAGAAGGAUGAAGAGGACAAUCUGGCUAAACAGGAGCAGGAUGUUCUGUUCAGAAGACUGCAGCUCUUCACACACCUCCGGCAGGAUCUGGAGCGGGUACGGAACCUCACUUACAUGGUGACCCGGAGGGAAAAAAUCAAGAGAUCAGUUUGCAAAGUUCAAGAACAGAUAUUUAAUAUGUACACAAAGCAGCUGGAACAAGAAAGAGUUUCAGGUGUGCCUUCCUCGUUCUCCUUAAUGGAAAACACAGUGUUGUUCAACAGUCCAUCUCUUGGCCCCAACACCCCUAAGAUAGAGGAUUUGAAAUGGCAUUCUGCAUUCUUCAGGAAACAAAUGGGUGCAUCUCUAACCCACUCCUUGAAAAAGCCACACAAGAGAGACAGAGUAAAAAGCAGCUCUGGGAACGACAGCAAAUCCCUGCUGAGGCAGCCCAGCCAGAAGGAGGGCACUGCUCCUCCUGGGAGUUUCUUAGAUUUUGAGAAGCCCUUUGCAGAAACACGGGUGGUAUCAGCACAGCAGAAAAAUGGCCUCGUUAUACCAGACCACAGGAAAAGAAGAGACAAUCGCCCACCCUGUGAGAUGAUCAAGGCAGAACUGAAGGAAAAGACUUCUAAACACAACCACAAACCACUGAGACCUACAGAACUCUCUCAGAGGCAAUCAGAAAAUAAAAGGGCUCUAAACCACUCCAGUGGUAGGUCAGCACCUGGCACACGGAGGGAUCUGGUGCCUAAAUGCAACGGGGGUCUUGUCAGAGUGAACUCUAACCAGACAGUAGUCAAAGUGCCUACAACACCCACCAGCCCAGUGAAAAACUGGGGAGGAUUCCGAAUUCCAAAGAAGGGGGAGAGGCAGCAGCAGGGGGAGAGCCCAGAGGAACCCUGCCACCAGAACUCCAGCUACCCCUACCUGGGUGUGGGCAGAGUGUCACCGAAGGACAGGGCAAAAACCAAGCUAAAGCCUGACAGUGAGAAUGAUGGGUACAGCCCUGAUGCAGAAAUGAGUGACUCAGAGACUGAAGUGGCUGACAAAAAGUGCAGGCAGCAGAGGCUGAGUCCAAACAGCACCAUCAGCAGAAGGACAGACAUCAUUAGGAGGAGCAUCAUGGCAUCCUGACUGGACACAGGGACAGCACGGGGUCAGCACCGUGGUCUGUAGAGUCACUGCCUACAAGCCAACUCCACAUUAUUUAUUGGUGUGAGAGAGAGGAGAUCUUAGACCUGGUUACAGACUGACAAGUUGAUAACUCAUUAUUCCUGAGCUGUAUAAACAUGUUUACAUGCAUUUAAAGCUGGGGUUUUUUUGUUGGUUUGGUUUGGUUUGGUUUUUUUGCCCUCCUGUCUCCCAGUUCUAUGAGGAGUUUUACUCGAUUUGCAACUUUUCUGAGUAACCAGAGAAAUGACAUCAUAACUAUGAUGGGAUUUGUGAGGAACACUAAAAUUACUCACAAAAGCCUUUCAGAAGGGGCAAGGGUGGAUAGGGGGAAGCAGGUUGCGUUUGUCCCUGUGAGCUGAAAAGCACUGAUGAGAUUAUAUUCCCUUUCCCUGCCUUCUGGAAAAGCACAAGUUCUUAAUUUAAUUAGUGUUAGGGAACUGAAGGUGGUUGGUUAAUGAUACUACACUGCUAAACCCCGUUACAAACGGCCACUUUUUUUGCAUGAUGACAGGUUAUUUCUCCUCUUUUUGCAGCAUGUUUUCUGUUGCAUUCAGUGCAAGUGCAGCUGGCAGCUCAGAACCCCUGGAUAAGCUCCAGAGUUUCCAUGUCCAUACAGCUGUGAGAUGUAACCCUGACGUUACACUGGAGAAGAGGAAGGGAGAGGGCAGGGCUGGAGCUGCUGCAGAGUGCUCAGCUUGGAAAGGCUCAGCCACAGAGGGACCUCUCAAAUGGCUCAGUUGUGAGAAAGCAGAGAGGCAGGGGGGCUACAGCCCCCUCUGGAAUAACCAUCACCUGGCUCCAGGACUAUGAUGACAGUUGAAGAAAGGAGUUUCUAAGGCACUAGUUGGUAGGAUUUCCCAAAGCCCAGCAUGUAUGCACUAAUGGUAUGUAUUGGGAAAGCCAUGCUUAUGACACUAAGGGGUUGCUUUAAAAUGGACAUGAAUAUAUAUUUUUAAAUAGAAAAAAAAUGGAAAGGCAAUAAAUUGUGUUUAGCUCUUCACAGUCAAAUGAAGAAAAAAAGAUUUUAUCCUAUUUUGGGCUAGGCUUGAUGGAAGAGGGAACUCAUUCUGACUGUGUACUUUUUUAUUAAUUGCAAAUGGCAAUAAUUAGUAAGCUGUGAGCAAUAAUAUUAAGAGAGGGUUAGGAUGCUGGUUUGUAUCGAGUAGAGUGCACCUAUAGUAGUGGAGUGUUAGGAGCCUGUAACUUUUGGAAUUCUGCAUAAAUGUAAGUCAGGUAUUUACUGGUGACAAGGGUGAAGCAGCAGUGUGUUACAGAAAGGCAGGCAGAAAGAAGUCACUUCCCCCCCACCUUUUCUGUUUCUAGCCUGCCAUUACCACAUCCACUCACUUCUUGAUGUUAGGCCUUUGGCUCUUGAGCAGGUGACAUUUAAAACACAGAACUCUGCCAUAACCAAGUCUUCCAGAGGAUUCAAUUUAAAAAAAACAAACAAAAAACAGCCCACCAAAAACAAAAAACCACACCCCACAAAAAGAAAAAACACAAAAACAAAAGAAAAAGAAAAAAAAGGCUUAUUAAUAACCAAUCUUGCUACGCAAGUUAUUAAUUAAAUCUUGCACCAAAAUGCAUCUCCCUGUCAUUUGUUUUAAAAUUCAGAAGUCUUACUCUGUUGAGAAAGGGGAGUUUUGUGUAACAUAGAGUACCUUAAAAUACCAUUGCUGGGGUCCAAGAAUAAGAUUAAACUUGGUGAUUUACUGAAGUGAGAGUCAGGCAGGGCACUGGUGAAUGUGAAGUUACACACUCACUCUUGGGCUGUAUUAAGAGUUCUUGUUUCAUCAAACAACAACAGGCAAAAGGUAGAUCCAGGUAAGUUGUGCUCAGCACACAGCAAUGCUGCCCAGACAGGCACUGUUGUUUUCCUUAAGGAAGAAGCUCAUGACCAUACAGGGGAUUGUUUGUCAAGCCAUAGAUGGAACAGUCUAAAUUUUGAUUCUAAGUGAAUAUUGAACCUCACACCAGUUUCAGAAAGGUCCCUUGUUAAUUUGCACUAUUCUGAAUGCUAACGUUGUGCAGAAUUAAUGCCUUAUCUGUUUUGCUUCCCAACAUCUAGGUUAAUAAGCUUUCUAAUGUUCGAGUUAAGCUGAACCAAAACCAAAAAAAGCUGUAAGAAGACUGCAGUCUGACCAGCUCGUAGGUUAGUUUUAUCUCCCAUGCUUAGUGCUCAGCAGAAAAGGUGUUGUCAGUACAGCAGUGACAGUACAACCCCCCCUGUAUUUUAUUGGGAUUGACCCAUUUGCUGGAUUUCUGUUUUUAGGCAUUACCUUUCCUUGUGCAGACCGACCAAGAGAUCUUUGAUUGCUGUAUUUUGUCAAGCUGUAGGCUAGUUGAACUUCUGUAAAGUUGCCUGGAAUGCCAUUUGGUAGGUUAUAAACUCACACAGAUCUAAAUGAAGGGUUAUAUGUGUCGUGUACAAAUCUUAAUUUCAGAAAUUUGAGAAAUCUGUCAUUACAUUUGUAAAAUCCUGUACAGAAGAUUUUUCACCAUGUGCCUAGCUUUGGUGUCCAUUCAGCUGAAAUUAAUUAAAAAAGGUGCAUGAAGAGAAACAGAUAGAAAUAAAAAUUAUAUGUAGAGAUAACUAUUUUAUAUUACAUGGCCCAAUCCUGUAUUUAUUUUCUCCCUUUUUUGAAGUAUUUAUAAAGACCUAGUUGAAGACAGCUGUAUUUUUUGUUAAAAUAUUCAGUAGAAUUGUGCCUUUUUGUCUGUAUGUGAAUAAAUGCUGUACAUUUUUGCAGUAUCCUUGCUGG